AUGCAACCCCCUCCUCGGAAGUUGGUCAACAUUGGCCGCGUCCUCGAGAACGCCACUCUUGCAGAAAAGAUAUCACUUCUUGCUGGCUCCGACUUUUGGCACUCUACCCCUCUUCCCCAGCACGACGUUCCGGCCAUCAAAUGCACUGAUGGGCCUAACGGCGUCCGCGGCUCGAGGUUCUUCAACCCGGUGCCCGCCUUGUGCAUCCCUUGUGGUAGUGGGUUGGGCGCAACUUGGAAUCUCGAGCUGAUAGAGCAAGCUGGUCAGCUCUUAUCCAAAGAAUGUGACGCCAAAGGUGCCCAUGUCUGGCUUGGUCCUACUGUCAACAUCAUACGUUCGCCUUUGAAUGGCCGAGGGUUUGAGUCUUUUUCUGAGGAUCCGUAUCUCAGCGGUAUUCUGGCAGCUGCCAUCAUCAGAGGCGUCCAGUCUCGGGGGACGCUAGCGGCUCUGAAACACUUUGUGGCUAACGAUCAGGAAACCGAGAAGAUGUCGGUCGACGUUCGCAUGUCUGAGAGAGCACUGCGUGAGAUCUAUCUCAUGCCAUUUCAGAUUGCUCUGAGGGAUAGCAAUCCCAGAGUAGUCAUGUCAUCAUACAACAAAGUUGAGGGAUUGCAUGUUUCCGAGAAUCCCAAGAUUCUACAGGACAUCUUGCGAAAGGAAUGGGGAUUCAACGGUCUCAUCAUGAGCGAUUGGUAUGGUACAUACUCUUGUGAGGCAGCUCUCAACGCGGGAGUCGACAUUGAGAUGCCGGGACCAAGCCGUUAUCGAGAAAAUGAGGCUCUGGCCGCCGUCUUCUCCGGAAAGGUGCCUCAUCACAUCAUAGACGAGCGUGCGACAAAAGUCCUGGAGUUCGUCAACGACGCGUCUUCAGCACGCGUUGGGAAAGAAGAGACCACACGAGACGUGCCCGAGGAUCGGAGUCUCAACCGGCGACUAGCUGGAGAAAGCGUGGUGUUACUGAAGAACUCAUCUCAUUUGCUUCCUCUUCACCCUGAACGUUGCGAUGAAGUUGCCAUCAUUGGUCCGAACUCGGAUCUACCGGCUGCAUGUGGUGGAGGAAGCGCAAGUCUCAGACCAUACUACACCAGCUCUGUGCUCAAGGGCAUUCGGGAUUCUUUGCCACCUAUCUCGACGAUACACCAUGAGCCAGGUGUAUAUGGACACAUCCUCUUACCCGCCUUUACGGAAGAGAAUGCCCGCAACGAUGCUGGAAGUCCCGGUGUUACGAUAGAAAUGUUCAACGAACCACAUACGGUGGAACAUCGAAAGCCUUUCGAUCACGUCACGAUACCUGACACAACAUACCAGCUGAUGGACUACAAGCACCCUGAGAAGUCAGACGUCUUCUUCAUGUCAAUGCGUGCUCACUUCACCCCUGAAAAAUCUGGUGUGUAUGAGUUCGGACUGGCUACGUAUGGUAUUGGGGACUUGUUCAUCAACGAUGAGUUGGUGAUCGAUAAUUCCACUGAACAAACUCCGGGUGGCAUGUUCUUUGGCAAGGGGUCGGCGGAAAGGCGAGCCACUUAUGACUUACAGGCAGGCAAUCGGUACUGCCUGCGAGUAGAAGCCGGAAGUGCAUUAACAUCCAAGGUCAAUGGUGGUUCGCUGUUGGCGAUCCCGGGAGGUGCUUGCCGGUUAGGUGGAUGCCUCAAGAUUGACCCGGCCGAGGGCAUUCGGAGAGCGGUUGAGCUGGCCAAGAAGUGCACAUACACAUUCGUUGUUGCAGGUCUGAAUGCUGAUUUAGAGAAAGAGGGCAAGGAUAGGGAUACCAUGGACAUGCCUCCCCAUGUUGAUGAGCUCAUCUCGGAGGUGCUCAAAGCACAGCCAAAUGCUAUCAUAAUCACCCAGGCAGGGAACCCGGUCAGCAUGCCUUGGAGACACAAGGCGAGUACUAUGCUUCACAGCUGGUAUGGUGGCAACGAAGCCGGAAACGCGGUUGCGGAUGUAGUCUUUGGCCGCAUCAACCCCAGUGGGAAACUUCCGAUGACCUUCCCAGCUCGCUUGGAAGAUAACCCUGCUUUCCUGGGAUUCGGAAGCGACAAUGGCGAAGUUCAUUACUCUGAGGGAGUAUUCGUUGGAUAUCGAUGGUAUGAAGCGCGGAGAAUGGAAGUUGCGUUUCCUUUCGGGCAUGGACUGAGCUAUACGACUUUCUCAAUAUCUGGGCUGCAGGCAAACCCCUCCCGCGUUCUAGUCAGUGCCGAGAACACAGGAAGCCUUGCUGGUGCCGAGGUUAUUCGUCUUUACCUCAGCUUUACUACGCCUAAAUCUCGCUUCGCCAGGACAAAACGUGUGCUGGUCGGGUUCCAGAAGAUUUACCUUGAACCAAAAGAACGAAAGGAGGUCGUCAUAGCAAUUGACAGAUACAGCACAGCAGUGUGGGAUGAGAAGAGGAAUAGUUGGUGCUGCGAGAAGGGCUCGUACACUGCUUCUGUUGUCGCGGGUGAGCAAUGCCUAGAGGGAAGCUUCGAGCUGGAAAAGAGCACUUUUUGGAACGGGCUCUAG